AUGGCUAUUAUUUUUCUUUUGCAUAUAUUUUAUGGUAUAAAGCUUUGCGAUUCGGUAUAUCAAAUUGAUGGUAAACAUUUAGAAAGAGUGGUCGGCUGCACUUUAGAAAAGCACGGCCAGUUAGAUAAGCGUAUUAUAACCUCAUAUAACAGUAGUUUCCAAACCGCCAUCGACGCUGGCAAGAUCAACGGAGCUGUUCUUUGUGCCACCGAAGCUGAGGGCCGCCUGGUUUACGAAAAGGCUAUGAGCGAGCGCACACUACUGUCUGGCGAGGUGCGUUCACAAAAGCUGGAAGACGUGCUUUUCUCUCCUACUCCAGUCUCCGUCCUUUUUCUUCUUCCUUCAUUCACAUUUUCACUUGACAAGAGCAACGAGGCUUACUCGCUUCGCUGA